CCAUUUUUUCUCUCUCUCUCACGCUUCCUGAUCUUCGUUUUUUUCAAAUCUUCAAAUCAGAGCAAACUCACAAGAACACUUUCUAUAAACCCUAAUUGCAGGUUCCAAAUUACCCCAAAUUUUCGAUUUUAAUUACGAGAAUACCUCAAUAUUUUUGUUCAUUAGUUGAUCCAGUGAUAGGAAUUUUGAAUUUUCCGUCGGAAAAUGAUUGUUAGAACAUACGGCAGGCGGAGUAGAAGCAUGUCCCGGAGUUACUCUGAAUCAGGCUUAAACGAUGACGUCUCGGACCAAAAACUUUCUCAGGAGAAUUCCCAAGAUAUUUACAGUUUUGGGUUUUCAUCUCAAGACUCGGUUCACUGGUCGUCGAAUUUCAAUAAUUCAGAUCCAUACGAUGCCGGCUCAUCUCAGGGAUGUCAAGAAUUGUCGAUGUUGCCCUCAAGAAAGGAGGAUAGGGAUUUGGGUUUUGAGGGUCACGAUGGGGUUUUGUGGAAACCCAAGAAAGUAAAGAUGUUUGAUUGGGAGCCUUACAGUUUGAAUUCAUCACAAGAAUCAGAUGAAUUUUCGAUUUUACCAGAUGGGGGGGAGUAUGGUAGUCUUGGGAAAUUUGACGGGGGAUUACAUGAACCGAAGAAGGUGAAGAAGACUGGGAAGGGUAAGGAAAAUGGGGUUUUGCAGAAGAAGAAGAAGAAGGUGAAAUCGAAGGAGCUGGGAUUGCCUUCGCUGGGCCCCACGGCGACUUUGAUGGAGACUCAAGAAUGUGGUGAGAUGAUGGAACAUAUGGAUGAGGUGAAUUUUGCGUUGGAUGGUUUGAGGAAAGGGCAGCCUGUGAGAAUCAGAAGGGCGAGUUUAUUGUCAUUGCUAUCUAUAUGUGGAACAGCUCAGCAGCGCCGCCUUUUACGGGCUCACGGGAUGGCAAAAACAAUUAUUGAUGCUGUUUUGGGACUCAGCUUUGAUGACUCACCUAGCAACCUUGCCGCAGCAGGUCUAUUCUACAUUUUGACCAGUGAUGGAGGAGACGACCAUCUUCUUGAUUCGCCCAGCUGCAUUCGCUUUCUUAUAAAAUUGUUAAGACCAGUUGCUGCUGCUGCUUCCAUAGCAAAGGCUCCAACUAUUGGGAGCAAACUUUUGGCGAUGCGCUUAGAUGCUGAUGUGUCUCAAGAUUCUGUAAAAGGGCUAGAUUCUACUUCCUCUUCAAUAACCCACAAGGUGCAGGAGGUUCUUAUUUCUUGCAAGGAAAUAAAGCCAAAUGAUGGAAAUGAUGGACAUGACAGACCAGAAUUAAACCCAAAAUGGAUUAGUUUACUGACUAUGGCAAAAGCUUGCUUGUCUACUAUCUCUAUUGAAGAUACUUCUGGUACUGUGCGGAGAAGUGGAAGCAAUUUCAAAGAAAAGCUGAGAGAGCUUGGAGGACUUGAUGCGGUCUUUGAGGUGGCAAGGAGUUGUCAUUCUGUUUUGGAGGGGUGGUCAGAGCAAAGCUCACAGUCUAUCUUAGAUUCUGAAGAUAAUGCUGCCAUAGAAAGUCUGGUGGUACUCUUAAAAUGUUUGAAGAUCAUGGAAAAUGCUACCUUUCUUAGUAUGGACAAUCAGAAUCACUUGCUUCAAAUGAAAGGAAAAUUUGAUAGUCUGAACUCCCCAAGGUCUUUCACAAAGCUAAUCUUAAGUAUGAUCAAGAUUCUCUCGGGGGCUUAUCUGCGUAGAGCUUCCUUGGGAAGUUCCGAUGAUGGAAAAGUCUGUAACCUUUCUGAUGGAACUGCUCGUGCUACAGAAUUACAUUCACUAUCAGACAAGAAAGAUGGAAGUUGUCAGAUUUUGUGCAUUGAUUCUUCUACGACAUGCUAUACAAGUGAAGGUUCCUGUUCCCAGAAGAACUUAGGUGAAACUCAAAAUGAUCAGAUUGGUUCGUCCACAUCUAAUUUAGAAUUCGCUAGCACUUCCACCAGUGAUUAUUGGCAGCUUAAAUUGAGGAUUGAAUCUUCCAAGUCUGGGUCAUGUAGUGGAACCUCUGAGGACUUCAGUUUUGGGAUCAACAAGAAUUCAUCAAAAGUGAAUUUUUUGAUUGGUGAUAGUCAAAGAAGUAAUGGAGAUAAGAGACUUGAACUUAUGGAAGAGAGUCAAGAUCCUUUUGCAUUUGAUGAUGAUUUUGAACCUUCACGAUGGGAUAUAAUGUCUACUAAGCAAAAGGCGCCUCAAACUCAAAUUAGGCAGACAUCACUUUUUGAACGUGAUGAUGAAUACCAAUCUCUUAUUGUGCGAAGCCAGCAAGAGUCAAGUUGCCAGGAGAACAAACCAGAGUCAAGUAGCAAGGAGAACAAUCAAUCUGGUCAGACCUCUUGUUCUUCUGCUGCAGAUGAUGAAAUGUCGGCCCUUCUGGCAGAUUGCCUUCUCACAGCUGUUAAGGUCCUGAUGAACUUGACGAAUGAAAAUCCUGUAGGCUGUCAGCAAAUUGCUGCCAGUGGUGGACUGGAAGCUUUAUCUGCUUUGAUCGCCAGCCAUUUUCCAUCCUUCAGCUUGCAUUUGGAUCGUAAUGGGUCAUCAAAAUCAAGUUUUGGAUCUGAUAGUGAUGGCCAUUUCAGUGAUCAAGAGCUAGAUUUUCUUGUUGCUAUUUUAGGUUUGCUUGUCAAUUUGGUGGAGAAGGAUGGCCGCAACAGGUCUAGACUUGCAGCUGCUAGUAUUUCAUUACCUGGAUCAGAAGGUUUGUUUAAGGAGGAGACCCAGACAGAUGUUAUCCCUCUGCUAUGUGCAAUCUUUCUGGCAAAUCAAGGGGCUGGAGAGGCUGCUGAGGAAGGAAAAUGUUUGCAAUGGGAUGAUGAAGAUGCUGUAUUACAGGGGGAGAAAGAAGCUGAAAAGAUGAUUAUCGAAGCUUAUUCAGCUCUCCUUCUUGCCUUUCUUUCAACUGAGAGCAAGAGCAUACGGCAGGCAAUUGCUGGUUAUUUACCAGAUCAUAAAUUGUCUGUUCUUGUACCCGUGCUGGAGAGAUUUGUGGAAUUCCACAUGACACUGAACAUGAUUUCGCCAGAGACUCAUUCGACAGUGCUUGAAGUAAUAGAAUCUUGUAGGGUUCGGUGAGAGCCAGAGAUCUCCAAUGUUUCCUGCGUCUUUUCCUCGAAGAUGGUAAAAAUGAGACUUUGUACAGCCUACCUACCCUUCCCUGCAACAGCAUUGGUGGUGGUCCAUUGGUGCAUUACAAAUCCCAUCUCAGGAUUUUGUUUGACUAUGAUUUCUCCUCUUUAGAGAAAAUAUAUUUUCCCCCCUAUUUUCCAGCCGAUUGUGUCACCAUGUUUUGGUGUGGGCUGAGAUACUUGUACAUGAAGAAAGAUUAUGAAUGUGUAUCACGAUUGUAAUUUGUAGUAAUUUUUUAGUGAUGGUUUCUCUCUGGCAA